CUCGGAAAGAACGUUUCCAGACAUUAAGCUUAUGUGCUGUUGCUGCCAAACAUCUUUAAGAAAAACAGCCUCGCAUCUUCAAUAUCACUAGAAACAACACAUUUGUUUACCGAUUUUCAACGUAAACGGAAUUUAUGUGUCUUGGAUUGAAUUUGUCUGAGAUGUUUACCGACACAUAAAACAACAAAUUGGAUUAAUUUUACUUCUCGCCUGGUUGGUGUUUGUCCUUUCGUGAUCGAAGCAUAUGAUGACAAAUAUUGGGGAAAUGGACGAGGAUUUGGAUGAGGGAGUCGUCGCCGACCACCUGCGUGGGACGGACGUAAAUCGGUACCCUGAACACAACUACCUCACUUUCACCAACUUUGAGAAAGCCGAUGCUAACUGGACUAAUCUCAUGUCACGGCAGAAAACUUCAAUCGAAGAAACAAGCCCCCAGACCUCGCACCUGAGUCCAGAACCAAACAGCAUAUCUGAUCUGGCAUCGUUUGAAUAUAACCAACGCUUGCCUUCGCUGGAGAGCAGUUCCAGUGCUUCAAUAGGACGAUCAGCUAGUGGCUUGACUUCACAAUCGCUGUUCGCAUGGCAGCCAUUCGGUGGUGCGACAAUUGUACAUCCACAUUCACAGGCCUCAUCCCUCCAUAGUGCUGGGGGCCACCUUUUCCCGCUCGUCUCAGGUUCUUCUAUCUCAGGCACAUACGGAACCGAUUUUCCAAACCUUUCACCAUCGUCCGGCGCCGGAAUCGCCAUUCCAUCACACGAAAAGGCCGAUUCUCAAUUCAACCCGCUCAGCUAUGCCAAUGUUUCUGCCGCCAUAGCUGCUUCGGGACGUCUGCGUGCAAGCGUAUCAAGUCCUACGGCGCAGGAUCUCCAACCGCUCCGUAUGGAGAUGGGUCUUUCAGGUGCCAACCCCCUCACCAUCGCUACUCCGAUUCCGACCUAUGCUCCUUCGGCCGGCUCAUCCAAUUCACAGUCAUCUACUCCGGCUCAUCAGGGCUUCACAUUUACCCCCAACGGUGGCGGUUCUUCUGCUGCCAGUUCCUCAGUGCCUCAACAGCUGUCUACCGGCAAUCUUUCCAAUCAACCAUAUGAUGAUGUCCCAAAGUCGAUGAACUUCAAACAGCGAUCCAAGAAAGAAAGCCAUAAUCGAAUCGAACGGAAGCGCCGAGACUACAUCAACUCACAAAUCGUUUAUCUCAGCAGUCUGCUACCUCCUGAAUUGUAUCGGGACGUUGAUGGCCGACGCAACAAGGGGAGCGUACUUCGACUGUCUGUUAACUAUAUCAAGGACUUGCGUGAGGCAGUGUCUCACAUGAGUGCACUAAAGCAGGAGAACACACUGGCUCGCCAAGUGAUCCCGCUGCUACGGAAACGGAUAGAGACUUUAGAGCGAAUUAUCCAGGAACAGGCAUGUGGAUCCCAUACCGCAGUCUCAACAGCCAGUCCGACGGCUGCUGUUGGUCUUCGCAGUUCACCCUCUGUCGAAGCGCUCUAUCAGUCCUGGCUGGUGAUUAGCGACAAUAAUCAACGCACCCCGAACAACGGUAGUACCAGCAGUCUAACUCCGACCACUCGGAACCCGAAUCCACCGCGUGUGACGUCGACAUCUCUGAGCGAUCCGCAUAAUUUUUUCCCAGAUAUGCUGCAGGGAGACACUGAAAGUGAGCUCGACUCUGGUGGAAGCGGGAUGCGUUGUCCGUCCAACCCAGCACGGCUGGUUAACAUGAAGCGGGAACAGACCGAAGAAGACCGGAUCGCCGGUUCGGCUCCGUCCCGAGUUCGGAUGGAUGCGUGUCGGCUUCCUCCUCCAAGACAGAGUUUCACAGAUUUGUCCGCCGCGUCUUCCGGAAACCGAAUGGAAGACGAAAAUGGCACAUCAGGGAACAAUGUUCGAUUUGAACAUCAGCCCAAUCUAUCCUACGAGCGUUACCAUCGACUGAUGCAACCCACAUGCCAACCUGGAAUAUUCGGACACAACGAGUGAUCGCACCCAUUCCACUUCUAUCUCCAAUUUCCAACGUCUUUCCGAUCCAGUCUCAUGUCUUGUGCCGCACACCAUACCGUCAACUUCGUACCCGGGCAGUCUGACGGACAUGAAAACAGUUCAUCAGAUCCCCGACAUUCAGCUGAAUGCUCAGCUUUCUGCUUGCGGCUCAUUACAUCCAUCUCCGUCUUCAUAUAUAUUCCUCGUUCAUACAUUACCAUCACAAGUCACCGACCUACUCCCUAUCCCAGAAUCCCUUUUCCAUGUCGUUACUUGUUAACGGCUCAAACGGCUGUGUUGCUGCUUUGUAUGUGUGCUCGUCUAUAAGUUGCGUGACUGCGCAGAUUACUGGGGUUUGUCUAUUUUUCCCCGCAAGAUUAUGUUCCAUCAUACACCACUCUCUGUCCAUCCAUCCUUCCUUUCCUUUCCUUUUUUGUUCUUCAUCGCCCUUGUAAAACAACCCUAGCAGCAACAACAGCGGCAAUAACAAUCGUUCUUGCCUAUCUACGCGUUCAUCUUCGUCGGGUACAUUCAGGAACCGAUUUGUCUCGUUGUGGGUUUGAGUGUAUGUAUUUUUGUGUAGCGAUUACAUGAUUCUACCUCAUUCAAACAAACUGGCACAUACAACAGCUUUUUGACCCUCCAACGACUAGUGACUUCUUCAGUGUACGUGCGACCAGCACCGCACCUUCAUGAGUGUCUUCCCCAGUCCGAAUCUUCUCCGUUGGGUGAUGUUCUGUGAUGUUCUCAGGUCACGUUUGCCCUGCAAGAGACACCCCCAUAAUUGUGAUGUGCUUUCCCAGCGAACUUAUAACCCAGAUCCCUAACAGCGUCUAUCUGUUUCAUCGAAUGCAAUUGUUUUUUUCACUUGACUGUAUCGGUUUGUGUGUGCGUGUGUGUGCAAAAACACGAAAUUGUUUUCCACCCUACUAUUGAUGAUAUUUCUUCUCCGAACUGACUCUCUGAUUUUGUUCGAUGGGUUAGAAAAUGGUCGAUUGAUCGAUCGAUUGCUUAUUUUAUUGCCCCUUUUUUUUGAGUUCACUUCGAUUACUGGUUUGCUUUCUUUGUUCUUAGCUUCUUUCGCAUUUCCGUUCAGAUUAUCCUUCUCCUUUGAAGCAAGCGGUUACUAAAACAACCUCCAAUCUGUCACGUUUUCCGGACGUUCUUUUGGGCCUAACGGUGUGAGAUCGUUUUCUUGUGAUAGGGUGGUCUUUAAAUCAGAUCCCCACAGCCUUAAUUCAGGAAGAUAUCACACAUCCCUGAUUGUAGCCUUGGCCUCGAACUGGCACUUGUCUAACGCACCUCUCGCCUCAGAUCCGAACCCGGGGUUAUCGAGAUUUGUUUGCAUAGCGCUAUCGCUUUUGGGUUCCAUUCACCACCGAAUAUCCUGGGGAACUAACGUUAACUCCGGCCUAUUCAGUAUUUUCAACAAACUGGUCCACUGACUGGUGGCAUUCUCAACAAGGGUGAAUAUGCCUCUUCACUCCAGUCCAAUAUGCCCCACCCCCCAUUGACCUAUGUUUGUCGAAGCAGGAUCGCGCCUUUUGCCAUCCUGAUUUCUCUGUUCCUGUCAUCCUUUUCACAGUUCCAUUCUCUCAAGAUUCAGAGACUAGAAACAAUAUAUAUACAUAAUAUAUAUGAUAAUAUAUAUAGAGAGAAAAAGGAAAAGAGUUUCUCUGUGUCAUUCACUAUUUUUCACUUCACUGUUUAUGCGUCCAUGUUUUCCUUUUCCUAGCUGAUUUUCCGUUUCUGCGCCAAAUUACCUCCGCCUUUCUGAUCACAGAGUUGUACGUUUACCCUUUUUUUGAUAUAAUACUGUUGGGACUAAUGGAACCACCAUGCUUCAGUAUCUGUCACUACACACACACACACACAAACACACACCACUAAGCCUACCUACAUACAAUGAUAUUCUUCAGCCCCUGUUAAUCUUCGUAUUAUUGUCACGAACUCUAUUGUGGCAAAAUCUUGUCGAUACUGUCGUCCUUCAAUAUCAAACACAAACAUAACUAUCACUGUUUGCUUUCAAUGGCCUUAAAUUUUGUUGUCACCUUUCAGAAACAACAACCUCAUCUUCCAACUUCUUUCGGAGUUUGUACGUAAUCCCUUAUCUAUCAAAGGCGUGGAUUUUGUGGACGCCUUUACAGUUCCUUUUUUCUGUCUGGUUCUGACCCCUCCCCCUCAAAUUGCUAUGUUUUCACAACGUAUUGGUCUAACUCCUCACACGACCCUCCCGCCGCCGCUGUUCAAUUUGAUGCACCCAACCGACUAAUCCAUUGUCCAGGCAACAACCAAUGUUGUGGCUUUCAGCCCUACCCUCUGAAACAGACCCAACCUUCAUUCAUCCUUGAGACACUUUUUGUGAUCUGCUAGAUUGUACAUUGCCGUUACGCACAUAUACACAAACCGAGUAUAGUUCACUCUGUGACUGUCUCUCCUUAUUACCAAGCUCUCCUCCACCUGAUCGCUGACACACUUGUGCGAUCAUGUUAGUAUUGGUGACCAACCUAUUGUCAGCCGAUUUGUUCGAUCCAGA